AGCACCAGUAACCAGCCAUGUCGCCCAAGUUAGCUGUCCUUGUUAUCGCCUACUGCGCUUCGGUUGUGUUGGGUGAGCUCCCUCCGUCAUAUCCAGGCCCAGCACAGUACCCUCCUCCAAGCUACCAUGCCCCUGUCGAAACCUAUCCAGACGUUCCUCCCCAGUACACCUACAACUACGGUGUUAAGGAUGGCUACUCAGGCUCUAACUUCGGUCACUCUGAGGUCCGCGACGGCUACAAGACCGAGGGCAGCUACUCAGUGGACCUCCCUGACGGCCGCAAGCAGACCGUCAACUACGUGGACAACGGCGAUGGUCUGGAGGCUGUGGUCACCUACGAGGGAGAAGCCCAGUACCCAGCACACAAUCCCUCCUACCCUCCUCCAGCACCUUACAAACCUUCUCCACCCCAGUAUGCUUAAAUGCCCACUUCCACAGCCGAUGAUCUAAUAUAUACGAACCUUCCUUAACAUUAUUCGCACCAUCCAGAACAAUACUAAUCUCCCUAACACUAUACGCAGCUGCAAUACACCUCCUUUUCACAGUACGCACCGCUUUAACACAGAAG